UGGGGCAGGGGUAUAAAUUGGAACAAAGUUUUUAGAUCAAUAAUGCUUGCCAAAUUUUAUAAUGUGCACACCUUUUGACGAAAGUGUAAGUUGCUUAUGGCUGAGGCUAACAUGUCCCUGAGAAUAAAACAGACUGAAAAUACUAAGUGUUAUUCAGUUUGAAAGGGCAAUUAAAAGAAAAAUUACAAAUCUAAACUUGCUAAGAAUUGGGGAAAAAAGCUGAAAACAGGCUGGGGAAUUUAUGUGGAGGUCAGAGUGGAAGCAGGUAUGAAAGGGUCCAGCAGAAGAAAAUAUGGCUGCCAAAGUGUUUUGAGUCUGUUGGCAAGUUUGGCCUGGCCUCGGCUGUUGCAGGAGACGUGGUGAACUCUGCCCUAUAUAAUGUGGAUGCUGGGCAAAGAGCUGUCAUCUUUGACCGAUUCCAUGGAGUACAGAACACUGUGGUAGGGAAAGGGACUCACUUUCUCAUUCCAUGGGUACAGAAACCUAUUAUCUUUGACUGCCGUUCUUGACCAUGUAAUGUGCCAGUCAUCACUGAUAGCAAAGAUUUACAGGAUGUCAACAUUACAGUGCACAUGGGGGCCUGUCGCUAGCCAGCUUCCUCGCAUCUUGACCAGCAUUGAAGAGGAUUAUGAUAAGCGUGUGCUGUUGUCCAUCACUGCCGAGAUCCUCAAGUCAGUGGUGGCUCACUUUGAUGCUGGAGAACUAAUCACCUAAAGAGAAGUGGUCUCCAGGCAGAUGAGCAACGACCUUACGGAGCGAGCAGCCACCUUUGGGCUCAUCCUGGAUGACGUGUCCUUGACGCAUCUGACCUUCGGGAAGGAGUUCACAGAAGCAGUGGAAGCCAAACAGGUGGCUCAGCGGGAAGCAGAGAGCACCAGAUUUGUGGCAGAAAAGGCUGAGCAGCAGAAAAAGGUAGCCAUCAUCUCUGCUGAGGGCGAUUCCAAGGCAGCUGAGCUGAUUGCCAACUCACUGGCCACCGCAGGGAACGGCCUGAUGGAGCUGCGCAAGCUGGAAGCUGCAGAGGACAUCACAUACCAGCUCUCAUACUCUGGGAACAUCAGCUCUCUGCCAGCGGGGCAGCCCAUGCUCCUCCAGCUGCCCCUGAGAGGCCACCCUGCCUGCACCUCCACAGGCCAACUGGGCCUCAGCCCUGAUGAUUCUUAACACUGUCUUCCUUCUGCCCCAACCCUAGAAAUCACUGUGAAAUUUCAUGGUUGGCUUAAAGUGAAGGAAAUAAAGGUAAAAUCACUUCA